UUCUUCGUCUUCUUCGUUUCACCUCAUCGACAAACAGAGUCAUUUCUUCUUCCUCUUCUUGAAUUUGGAUUAAAUCCAGUAAAAUUUCCAUUCUCAUUAGGGUUUUGCGUUAAAUUUGAAAGCAAGAAGUUCUGGUUGACUGUGCACGAGAAUCCUGUAUAUAUUGUCUAUAAUUUUGAUUUUCUCGUGCUUAUUGCUGUUUAUUAUACCUAUGCUAGUGAACUGAGCUCUGCUUGUUAUUUGAUGCUAGACUUAGUAGAAUCUAUUGAGAUGCACUCACAAAUAGAUGUGCCAAAUUGUUUUAAUUAGGUUCAGGGUCUAGCCAAAGUAUUGAUUGGAAUAAGGUUUUACCUGCUGGAUUAUAAUUUUCGGACUUUGUUGUAGAUAGAUAGCUUACAUUAUGAAUAUUUGCCCUUUUCUUCGAAACUGUAGAAUAGGAAAGUCAUCUAUGAGUGGCAUGAUUUCUUCGAACCAAAAUAUUUUAUAUUCUUUAGUGAUGAUAGGUGAAUAAUUGGUUUUUCACGUUUUAUACUUUCUGUUCAUAAUUUGAAUAUCGAAUGCUGUUACAAUUUGAAAUGUUGGAAUUUGUAUUGGAUCCACUGGUCUGGUAAGUUACAUAACUGGGAAAGUAGGAUUCCUCUCUUUUCCUUGAGGGUUUCAAAUGCUUAGUUUUGCAUUAUGGUAUCAGGUAAUAAUAAUCCCUAUAAAGCCAACCCAAUUUGCAAAUUCACAUGGCAUUGAGACUCUCAUCCAUUGUCUCCUCCACAGUGAUUCGUCGACGACUCCCUUUGGUGGGUGCAUUUUGUGUGCUUAGUUUGGGUCUUUCCAAUCUCUGCCCUUAUAUUUCUUUCUCCUCCAAAACGGGCUGUGCUCAGUCCCUCCCCCUAGUCCCUCGCUUACGAUCACAGCAUAGGAACAAUCAUUGUAUAAAAAUGGAAACAAAUAGCAAGACAGUCCCCUGCAUCGUUGCAUAUGUUACCGUUCCAAACAAAGAAGCAGGUAAAAAACUUGCUGAAAGCAUUGUCAAAGAAAGGCUUGCAGCAUGUGUUAAUCGAGUGCCAGGUGUAGAAUCAGUUUACGAGUGGAAGGGAGAGAUACAAACGGAUUCUGAGGAACUGCUCAUAAUCAAGACCAGGGAGUCUCUCUUGGAUGCUUUGACAGAGCAUGUGAGAAAGAAUCAUGAAUACGAGGUGCCUGAAGUCAUUGCUCUGCCAAUAACUGGUGGCAACCUCCCGUAUUUGGAGUGGCUUAAGAACAGUACAAGGGACUAAGAUGGUCAGGCUUGAAUCGAGAUUCUAUCGUAAUAGAUAUGCAAAUCUCUGAAAACUUUUCGUGUUUCCUUGUACAUUCUAGCAUCUUGGAUAAUCUGAAUGACUAUGUUUGCGUUUUUCUAACCUAUAUAGCCGUAAUUUUUACCUGCUAUACUAUCCCUGCUUUGUUAAACUAAUGUGACGUGUAAGAUAUGAUUUUAUUUAUGUUGUGUUUAAAACAGCUAUUUUAAGGGAAGAGAA